GAGCGUGUGUCUGCUGAUGCAGGUAGCGAUGCCCUGUGUGCUGUUUGCUGCUUCCCCAUCCCAGCUCCAUCUGAAAGGCGGGACUAAUGCCGAGAUGGCUCCUCAGAUAGACUACACAGUCAUGGUUUUCAAGCCAAUAGUUGAAAAGUUCAAUUUCACAUUUGACUGUGACAUAAAAAAGAGGGGCUACUAUCCUCAGGGAGGCGGCGAGGUUGUAGUCCAGAUGUCACCCGUCAAGGAGCUGAGCCCCAUAAACUUAACGGAACGCGGCACAGUGACCAAGAUCUACGGACGGGCGUUCGUUGCUGGAGCGCUGCCUAUAAAACUGGCAAAAGACAUGUCGGCAGCAGCAGUGAGAUGCAUCAGAAAGGAAAUCAGAGAUCUUUACAUCAACAUUCAGCCGGUUCGAGAACCUGAUGAUCAGGCCUUUGGGACUGCGAGUGGAAUAAUCAUUGUUGCAGAGACCUCGACAGGCUGUUUGUUAGCUGGGUCGUCGCUUGGCAAGAGAGGAAAGAAUGCUGACAGGGUUGGCAUUGAGGCAGCUGAGAUACUGCUCAGGAAUCUGAAACAUGGCGGGGCCGUGGAUGAUUCUCUGCAAGACCAACUGAUCAUUUUUAUGGCGCUGGCACGGGGGGUGUCGAGAGUGAAAAGUGGACCAAUUACACUUCAUACUCAGACGGCGAUACACUUUGCCGAGCAGCUAACGAAGGCCAAAUUUACUGUGACGAAAUCUUUUUUUAAAGAUACCUACAUCAUCGAGUGCCAAGGAGUGGGGAUGAUAAACCCGAACUUGUAG